AUGUCCACUGGCUGCUUCUUUACUGCCUACAAAGAUGCCUGUGUCUCUUCCAAAACCCUCACUUGGCGUCCUCCCUGUUCUAGCCCCCUCCUUAAACGUUUCCCUCUCCUCCCUCUCCUGUCACAGUUUCUGAACUGGCUCAACCAGCUACCGCCCCAGCUCCCUGACUCCCAGGUUCCCUGGCCUCCCCUCCCACCCCAGGCCUUACCCAGAGUGGGAGGGGAGCAUCUGGAGAGGGGGGCAUUUCCCCCCAAUCCGAUCUCCCUGCCCCUUAUCAGUUCGAUGGAGUGGCCUAUACCCCAGAUGACCUGGGUGGGAUUCCUCCUCUGGUUCUUAGGUUCCUGGGCUGAGGCCUUUCUGAUCCACAAUCCUGGGCUGGAUGCAUGCCUGCAGGUGGACCCUCAGGGUGGGGAGCAGAUCUCAUUGGUCACUUGCCACCCUGAUGCUGGACCCCAGCAAUGGGGCUGGGACCCAGUCAACCGAGCCCUUUUCAGCCUGCAUAUCCCUGGGUGCCUUGCCAUAGGUGAGGCCCAGGAAUUUGCUGUGGCCCAAUUGAGCCACUGUGGGGGCCAACUCCACCAGACCUGGGGUUGCUCCCGUAAGGGUCACUUGAGCCUGCAGGGCCUUGGUCUCCACCUCCACGGAAAGCUGAAUGCCCAGGAAAUCUUUGUUCUUCGUCGGAAGGACAAGUUCAGUCGUUGGAAGGCAGUGCCUGGAAUGGCCAAUGUCUGCUCUGGGACCCCUGGGCCAGGGGGAACGCACAAGAGUCCUGAGAAGGAGCCAAUCGCACAUAGAGCUGAAACCACUGUUUCUCUGGAACGAAAUGAGGAGGACCUGUCUUCGUGGGACUCUGUACAAACAGCAAAUGUCACUCCCACUAGCAACCUCACCCACACACCUUCCCCAACGUGGGUGGAGGGACCCCUGGUGGCAGAAAAAGGGGCAAACUGGAAGACAGCUAUGAUGGUCCUAAGCCCAUUGGCUGUGGUCCUGGGAGUCACCAUCCUCAUCAUCAAUAUCUGUUACAAUAGGAAGAAGAAAAAGAAGGCUCUGUCAGCUUUAGAGAACUAUUCCCAGAAUGGUCCAAGAGCCACAUUACUUCCUAGGGGACAGCUAUCCCUAGGCCAAGGAGGCCCAGGAGCUCCCAAUUUACCCGUCUCCCUUUCCUCAUCCCUACAGCAUGGGGAGAUACUCAUUGAGUGGAAAGAUGGCAGCAUUACCCCACUCUUUGCCAGCCCUGGUAAUCUGAAUUAGACCAAUCUGCAUCUUGUAAGGGCCUGCUCUGUGCCCAGUCCUGUCCUGGACUCUGCAAUGAGAGAGAGAGAAGGCAGAGGCCCUGCAGCUUAUCAGAUCUCUGCUUUCACCUUAGACCUAUGUCCUCCUCCUGGGAGACAGAGAAAUCACAGACUCUAGAAUUUAUUAGCCCUGGUCUUCAUCUUAGACCUGUGUUCACCCUCUGGAAAUUUCUUUGUAUAUAUAUUUUGUAAUUAAUUUUUUUAUGUACAUAGAAUUUUUUCCAAAAGAAUAUAAGCUCUUUGGAGGCAGAGACUCUUUCAUUUGUUAAAAUAUUCUUAUUUUUAUUGAAAACUUGUUUGUACUUUAUUUCCAAAUAUAUUCCUCCCUGUUUUCCUGCCUAGAAAGCCAUUCCUCAGAAGUAAGAUUAUAAGGAGAGAGGAAAAAAAAAAGCAGUUCAGCAAAACUAGCCAACACAUCAAUUAUAACUACGAAUAGAUACAAUAUUCUACAUUCCAAUCCCUCUACCUCAGGGCAAGCCUUGUUUCAAUUUUUUUUUUUAAUCUUCAUGUCCUCAGCUUUUCAAUAACUGCCAUAUCAGAUGUUUAGCUUAAUAAAUUCUUGUUGAAAUGGAUUAUAAUUCAGCUGACCUUCCACAAGACUCAUUCAUGACACUUUUUACAAUCAAUCAAUGCAGGACACAUGUAGCACGGCAGUAGAGAGAACACUAAGCUUGGAGUCAGCAAGUCCUGGGUUCAAGUCCCAUAUCAGACACUUACUAGCUAUGACCUUGGCGGAGGUUUUCUCAUGGACUCUAUAGCUUCUAAAGUCCCUUCUAUAUCUUAAGUAUCUGAUUAAAAUACUAAACUAUCCUUUGUUUAUGAAGUUGAUGCCAGGGACUGAGGAAGGGAGGAGACAUGUCUGAGAAUUCUGUGGAUACCUAAGCAGUCAAUGGAGCUGUGGUUCUAGGACUCUCGCUUCUUAACGAAGACUUCAUUUUUCUGAGUCUUGCUGUCCUCACUUAUAAAACAAAACAGCUGGGCUAAAUGAUCUAUAAGCUCUCUUAUGGCUCUAAGAUUCUGGGAUAGCUCUCCCUCAGAAAGAUGGACAAGUAUUGUCCAAAAAAUUGUAGAGAGGUAGGAGAGACAGUAUCUUGGGUCUGUCCAGAAUAGCUCAAAUUUCUUCCCUGCCUUAGCAGGAAAAUGUGACAAUAAGUAGUUUCCUCUUUUUGCUCAAAUGAUGACUCCGAACAUUCAUUUAAAACAAUGCCACAAUUACUGGACCAUCUUAGAGCACUAUGCCUUCAAUCUAGCAGCAUUUUCCUUGCCUGGGACAUCUGAGUAUGGGUUGCUUUCAUUCACUACAAGAAAGGAAGGUGCCAAGCUUCUCCUCUGAAUGAAUGAAAAAACGUAUUAAGUAUUUCCUAUGUGCCUGGCCCUACAUUAACCUCCAGGGAUACAAAUAUUUAAAAAAAAAAAAAAACCAAAAAAACAAAACAAAAACUCUUCCCUCAAGGAAUUUAUAUUCUAAUAAGGAAAGAAUACACAUAGGGGAAUGGUGGUAUUUUGGUUAGGGAAAUCACAAGGAUGAUUGGAGUUAUAGAGCAAAUGACUGAAAUGAACUUUCUUAAAAUGGUAGUGUGGAUGACUAUUCUCAGAGCUGAUGCUGGAAAACUGGGUGAGGCAGGAAGGGAAAGACGUCUGUACCGUGGCAUGGGAUGAAGAUAGCUAGGAAGUAAUAUAGUGGGUGAAUCAGCAGCUCAGGGUCUCGGAUGAGAGUUGAUGUCUAACCAAGUGAAGUUUGAGGGGAAUACCUUCUUAGCUUCCUAUUCACAGAGCAACCAGCUAAUAAUGAACUUCUUAGUCUCCUGGGGUCUCUAAAAGGAUAUUUGUUAAGGAAAGAGUAAGCUGGUCCUGACUGAGCCAAAAUUGAGACAAAGGUAAAAUUUGUCUUGGCACUCUCUUCCCUCUCUAAUCUAGGGCACCACACUUUUGGAGUCAUACGACCCCUGACAUGAGUUCACUCAUCCCUGCCUCCUCCUCUCCACCCCCCACCCCCCUUGACUGUCAACUAAUCUCCAAAUCAAUUAUUAAUAAAUGAUAAAUGUUUAAGUUGUUCA